CGCGAACCCUUGCGCGGCACAUGCGUGCUAGCCCUGGGGUACUCGGCCUGCGUAGGUUACCUAGUUGCCCUGGCUGCAAGCAACCUAAUGGCGCGCUCUAGCACAAAACUCUUGGGCAAGCGCCCCUGCGGCCUGCUGCACCCGCUCAGCUGGCUGCUGCUGCUGCCGUACCAUCUGGGUCUGCGCGUCAAGCUGGCGGCGCAGCGGCUGGUCAGCUCCGAGCCGCUGUACAACCGGGUGCUGCCGGGCUGGUACAUCGGCGGCUGGCCCUGGGCCGGCCCCUCCGAGCUGCCGCCCGACUGCCCCUCCGUGCUGGACUGCACCUGCGAGCUGCCGCGGACCCACCGCAACAGAUACAUGUGCCUGGCCACCUGGGACACACAGGCUCCCUCCGCCAGCCAGGUGGACCGCGGAGUGGCAUUCGCCCUCUCGGAGCGCAGCCUGGGGCGGCCCGUGUACGUGCACUGCGCCCACGGUCACGGCCGCUCCGCGCUGUUGCUGAUCGCCUGCCUGCUGGAGGCCGGUGCGGUGGGCAGCUGCGAGGAGGGGCUGGCGCUGCUGCAGGCGGUGAGGCCGCGGGUGCGGCUGAACGGCAGGCAACGUCGAGCGCUGGAGGCCUGGGCACGCAGCCGCGGCAAGGGCGCUCUGCAGAUGCAGGCACUGGGGGCGGCAGGGGUGGUUGCAGGAGAGACGGUUGGGGCGGUAGCUGGAGGGUUAGGCGGGGACGCAGGGGCGGCGGUGCUGGCAUGCGGGGAGAGUGGGGGAGGGAGCUUGGGGGUGCUUCUGGAGCGGAGGAGCACCGGAGGGGGUGUGGGGGUGUUGGGAGGUGCGGGGGUGCAUGUGGUGGCAGAAGCGGGCAGCGGAGGGGGCGUGAAGGUUAACUAGCAUGGACGCUGAAGUAGCCAAGCGACUUCGUCAUAACAAGGAGUGAUCGGGAAUAGCGGGCCGCACUCAACGGAGGCUUACAACGGCUGCAUGGCCUUGCCGGUGUGUGCAAGGGGGUCGCUGUCGCUGUCUUGCUUUACUGCUGGGGGUAAGAAAGAGAGGACUCGCAUGCUUAGGGUGUGAGCUGCUUGAGGGAAGGAUGCUGAGAGGAUGAGAAGGAUGUGAGGGGAAGGGCGCAAGGACAGGGAGAGCGGCACCGUGAGGGUGCCUGUCGGGAGUCCGGGGAGCGGAGCGGGUAUUUGUUCAUUUAACCCCCGCUCCUCCUCAACUAACCUGUGAGCUGAUGUAGUGGCGAGCCGUCAGCGCGGAAGUUGUGAGCCGUGCAAGAGAGGGAGUGAUGGGUGUACCGGUAAAUACUAUCAUGGCUGUCUCGCUGAAGUGGUGGCGUAUAGGCAGCUGAAUUCCUAUCUAACACUGUGUGCUGUAAUGCUGGGAGAGCGAGAGAGGUGUGUGUAUGGCGGGACGUGAUUGAGGGUGUAUUCGUGCCUGUGUCCGUGCUGUGAGGAGGGGUGCUGUGAACCGUUCCUUACGCAGCAGAUACGGGUGCUGGUCCGUCGUUCCAGUGCAAUGUAUCGUACUGUUAUACCGUGACACGCCCUUGCAUCAGUAGCGUCGCUAGUUGGACAGGCCUUUGAAGGAAGCGGCAGGGAGGAUUCACGCACGGGGGCUACCAUCCUACCAUAUAUGGCUGUGUGUCUCCUGACAAUGAGGGCUUCCGUACACUCAUGCGGUUUUUGACAGCAACGUUGCGCAUCUUCUUGGACUUGCUCGCACAUGCCGUACGCUGCUGUGCAUUUGUUAGUGCUUGCCGUACCGUCUUGCUUCGAAGCCAACUUUGGGGGUCUAAAUGGCAGCGUAGCUUGUUUUCCUGGGCGCAUGCAAAUUUUGAGACUUGUCGCUCACUCACAACCAACCUCGUUACAUAGGCAGCCGCGGCGAGGACACAGAGGCUGCGAGAAUGGUUGGUCGCAGCCCAACCUUAGCGUAACGUAACGUGGGG